AGUGUUAGUCUCAUUACCGUCUGUGCUCAGAGUCUUACUGCUCUCUGAUGCUGUCCAGAGGAACUUCAUGUCAACUCUGACGCUUAUAGGAAUUACAACAGAAGAGAUUUGAAGAAUCAAACAGGAACUUAUAACUUUAAACUGAUUUCUGAAGGUUGUGGCACUAUGAAGGACUUAAAAAGACAUUAAGCCGAAGGGACAUUUGCUUUGGGAUGUUUGGAGUGUCUCACGUCACCAUGGAGAUCAGGAAAGUCCAUCUAAAUGGUCACAGGACACUAUUCCUCACAAUGAUGAUGUUCAAAUGGGGUAUAUUCUGUUCAGGGUCAUCUGAUUUGUGUGCAUCAUCACCGUGUGAGAACGGGGCGACGUGCGUGGACACGAUGGACGACUACGUAUGUCUCUGUUCACGUGAAGGUAUCCGGUACGCAGGAAAGAACUGCGAGGAACUGUACGACGCUUGCGUGUUUGCUCAAUGUGAAGGUUGUGUGAGUGAACCGGGCUCAGAACACUACACGUGCCCGGGUGACGUCAACGAAUGUGAAAGUGGACCUUGCGUGGGUUUACUUUCUGAAUGUGUGGACGAAUUAAACGGUUACAAAUGCCUGUGCCCACCUGGAUUUGGAGGAGAGAACUGCAGCCGUCGUAUUACAGAUUGCAUCGAUGAACCCUGUUUGAACAACGGUACCUGUAGGAGGAGAGUGGAUGGAUUUGAGUGCACCUGUCCUGACGGUUUUCAGGGAGAGACGUGCGAAGAGGACGUGGAUGAGUGUGCGUCGCGCCCCUGUCAGAAUGGCGCCAUCUGUCUGGAUGGAGUGAAUAAGUACCUCUGCUUCUGCGUGCCGGGUUACCAGGGAAACAACUGUGAGAUUGACAUCAAUGAGUGCGCAUCCCGACCUUGCUGGAAUAAUGGAACGUGUAUUAAUGAGAAAGAUCGAUAUAUUUGUGAAUGCCUACCGGGAUAUACAGGAAUAAACUGUGAGAUAGAAAUUGAUGAAUGUCAGUCAAACCCCUGUAAAAAUGGCGCCACCUGUCACGAUUUGGUGGGACUGUACACCUGUGACUGCAUCCAAGGGUUUGAAGGGUCCGACUGCGAGGUCAAUAUCAAUGAGUGCCAGAGCGACCCAUGUCAGAAUGGAGGAAUCUGCCAUGACCUCAUCGACAGUUACGAAUGUGAAUGUGAGGGGACUGGGUUUAUGGGUGACCACUGUGAAGAAGAUAUUCCAGAGUGUGCUUCAAAUCCAUGCCAGCAUGGAGCAACGUGCCUAGAAGGAAUUAAUCACUACAAUUGCACCUGCUGGCCAGGUUUUGAGGGCGAUAACUGUGAGGUGGAUGUAGAUGAAUGUGCCGAUACUCCCUGUGAAAAUGACGGUGAAUGUUUUGAGAAGUCUAAACCUGGGCACUCUGAAUUCAGUUACUCCGACGCUGCUGGUUACAUUUGCCGGUGCCAGCCAGGAUAUACAGGAGAGAACUGUUCAAUAAACAUAAAUGAGUGUGCGUCCAAGCCAUGCCACAACGGAGGCAGCUGUGAGGAUCUUGUAAAUGCGUACACAUGUUUGUGUGCAAAAGGGUUUGCAGGUGUGCAAUGUGAGGUUAAUAUAGACGAGUGUGAGAGCGCCCCCUGUCUGAACGGAGGCGUAUGUGAAGAUAGAGUGGGUGAAUAUACGUGCCACUGUCCAGAGCCUAAAGAAGAUCUUCUGCCCUGGGGAGGACCUCAGUGCAGCGUGCAGCUGCGUGGUUGCAUUGAGCAUCAGUGCCAAAAUGGCGCCACCUGCCUGCCGUGGUUUGAUGGAGAAAAACAUGGACAUACUUGUCUCUGUGCGGCUGGUUUCUACGAUGACGUCUGCUCUACAUCAACCACGUUCUCAUUCUCCUCACCGAGAUUCUUCCUGUUUGAGGUUCCACAACUUGAGCGCCGAAAGAGAGAAGCAAAACUCAGGCAUUCCCUGGAGGUCCGUCUGCGGUUCCGCAGCACGCUACCGAAUGUGCUGCUGUUCUUUCGUGGCAAUGCUGAAAUCUUCCUGUCCCUGGAAAUUGUUGGGGGUGAGCUUCGUACCAGAAUGACCCCGGAGGUCGGAGCGCCAGUGGAGGCACGUUUGCCAGGCCUCGUGAGUGAUGGAGUUUGGCGUGAGGCAGUGGUGAGCAUUGAAGAGUCUACCAAACUUGUUCUGCAAAGCUGUGACAGUCAAGCAUGCAGGGUGGAAAACAAGCUUCUGGGUGACCAUAAACCUUUUUGGACCCAUAAGAGCCUCACAAAUAUGUAUGUUGGCGGAGUACCAGAAGAGUAUCUGAAGUUUACUUUGAGUGGGCAUGGAUUUUUGGGUUGUAUGGAGGACCUGCAGGUGGACGGACGUCAUGUUCUACCCCGUGAUCUGGGUAAUGAGGAUGAGAGCGUGGAGAUGGGAUGUAUGAAGACUGAAUGGUGCGAGAUAGACCCACAGCCCUGCUCUCAACAAGGACAAUGCGUCGACCUCUGGAAUGGCUACCGAUGUGACUGCUAUAGACCUUACCAUGGACAUGAAUGUACCCAAGCUUACCCAUCCUGGACAUUCGGUCAUGAGGACUCCAACAGCUUUCUUGCGUUUAAACUGCUGUCCGAUUUCGGGAAAAACUUCAGCUUGACGUUCUUCCUGCGAUCGCUUCAGUCGAGUGGAAUGUUACUUCAGUUUCGCAGGGCGGAUGAACCUUACUUUACCGUCUACCUGCAAAUGGGACGAGUGAAGGUGACCUCUGUGGCGAAGUCACCCGUAUUGUCAUUCCCAGAGUUUGUCAGUGAUGGGGAGAAGUGGCUGUUGCAGGUAGACGUCGAGGAUGGCCAGGUGUUCUUUAUCCACAAAGGCUGGCGUGUUGGACUGGGCUCACUGUCUGACUUGGAAGUUCUAGAAGGAGACCUGGUGUAUGUGGGAGGGGUUCCAGGUGAGGGCGGAGCCGAGUGGGAAGGCCACUUUAAAGGCUGCCUGCAGGACCUGAGACUGGAUGAUGUGCAUUUGGAUAUGAAAGCAUGGAAUGGUAGCAUCAGUGAGACUGUAUAUGUGUCAAGUCAGGCACAAAAUGUGCUUUCGGGAUGCAUCAGUGAUGACAAAUGCAAGAUGCAACCUUGCAUGAAUGGAGGAGAGUGCACCAUCACAUGGAAUGACUUCACUUGUUCCUGUCCACGAGAUUUCACCGGAAAGACGUGCGAAAACCGAGUAUGGUGUGUGAGCGAUCCUUGUGUAAAUGGUGGACGCUGUGUGGAUCUGUCGGACGGUUUUGAAUGUAUCACAAAUGCAACUUUUGACAACACCCCACUACACUACAGUGCCAAAGGGACCCUAGUUGCCCCGGUGACCAAUGUAACCAUAGAGCUGCGUACACGACAGGAAAACGCUGUAUUAUUGCGCGCAUCGAGAGGGGCGGACCUUUUCCUGAUCGGUCUGGUGGAUUCAGCCAUUCACGUAGAGCUUCACAGCGACAACAGCAUGGAACCUGCGAUCUUCUCCGGACGGAGACGUGUUGCAGAUGGCGACUGGCAUCACCUGCUUGUGUCCAUGGCCUACUCAGAGAGUGAUGCGUCACCAUGGAUGAUUUGGGUGGAUGGUAUCAUUGAUGGUAGCAGUGCUCCUGUGCCUGCCAGGAGGUUACAUUUCCUCAACGACCGGUCAAGUAUAGUAGCACUGGCAGAGACGUACACGGGGUGCCUGGGCACGGUGAGGGUGGGUGACGUCUACCUUCCGUUUCUAGACAACGUUAAAGCACCUCAAACAUCUCGGUUUUGGCGACGUCCUGACGAGCGUGUACGCCUAGGGUGCUUUGGGGCACCGGUGUGCCAGUCUCACCCCUGCGGGCGAGGUGGCACGUGUGUGGAUCUCUUUAAUACUUUUGGCUGCCAAUGCCCACCUGGUUGGGAGGGGACAAUCUGUGAGAAGGAAAUUGAUGAGUGUGCUUCUGGACCCUGCGUCCACGGCAAGUGCAAUGAUAAGUUUAAUGGGUUUGAAUGCGUGUGUCAUCCAGGCUACGGUGGACCCAUCUGCUCAGAAAACCUGGAUGAAUGUAAGGGGUCGCAGUGUAAACACGGUGGCACCUGCGUGGAUGGGAUCAAUGGCUUCACUUGUAUCUGUCCACCUCAGUACAGUGGGACACGUUGCCAGUACAACUACCCUCCUCUGAAGUGUGAAAUGGACUUUGUGUGUGAAAAUGAUGGUGUGUGUCAUGACACACAAUGGGGUGCGAACUGCACUUGCUCAGCAGGGUUCACAGGAGACAGAUGCGAGACAGAAAUUGACGAGUGCGCUUCCAGCCCGUGUCUAAAUGGAGGAUCCUGUCUGGAUCGGCAAAAUCGGUUUCAGUGUUUGUGUCCAGCGGGAUUCAGUGGCCAGUUCUGUGAAACAAAUAAACAAUCUCACAGAGAUCGUAUCCCUUGGCUAGUGAUUGCUGUUCCAGUGGUUUGUGGCUGUGCGCUUCUGGUGGCCAUCGGUCUCAUUUUCAUGCUGAUGACCGCUCGUAGGAAACGUCAGUCGGAGGGAACGUACUCCCCAAGCCAACAGGAAUUUGCUGGUGCACGCUUGGAGAUGGACAGCAUGUUAAAAGUGCCACCCGAGGAGCGUCUUAUAUGAAAAAUAAGCCAACAGACGUAAUCGUAUAGAGUUUAACAUCAUCCUUGUGUGACUGGAACUACACUGGACCUUCUGUGGAGCAAAAACUUUUUAACACCGCAUCCUGAAGAUGCAAGAGAUAAAGGGCAGCUUGGAAACCAUGCAUUAAAAUAGUGGAUCAUUUACAUUCCACUCAUCUACUGUCAUUUCUUGUGGAUAAAUGCAUCCUAUUUACAUCAUCAGAACAAUUAUAAGUCUCCAACUAUUAUGUAAAUACAACAGGACCCUUACACUGACUCUUGGGGAAAAGGAAAAGUUGCAGAGUUAAAAAUCCAGGAGGAUUUAAACACGUUCAAGUCCAAAAAGUUGAAGUUGGACUUGAUGUGGUUCUUUACUUUAUGGAUAUGUGAACUGUGUCAGCAUGGCAUUAUCACAUUAUAAGGAAACAGGGGACAAUAAUAGUUUACCUACAGUAUUAUCUAAAACAGACCUCUCAUUCAACAUGUAUAAAACAGUAUUAAUGAAGAAAGGCACUGACUCGUUAAUUUUUUGACUGUUGAUGCCUUCAAGUCACGUCAGGAUAAUCAAUAAUCGAACUCAUCUAGAUGCUUAUGGUGUGCUACGUUUUCCAUCAAUCUCUGUGGCAGCAUGAGGAUACAAACUACAAAAAAUACAAAUAUAAUGCACUGUCCAACAUAUACAAUUUUCCUAACGGAAAUAAUUCGGUGAUGUUAAGGUCAUAAGUAGGAAUUUCGCAUGCAUACUUGAAGGCACCAUAACAUUGCUCAUGGCAAUUCAUACGUCAUUUACAAGGCGACCAAAUUGUCUUGUUUUCAGUACAAAUAUCAA